GCUGUUGGAAGUGGGUCACAGCAAACACGGACAGGGUUUCUGACGGACAACAACAAGACCUCCCAGCUGAGCACCAACCGCACUGGACAUCUGCUGUUACUUUGUUUGUUGGGUUUUAAAUUUAUCGUCACUCGGGUCCUUGAGGUGAAAGGGUCUAAGUAAGCGAAUAAAUGUCUGAUGCAUCAGAGCUUCCUAAAAAAGAAGAGGAGGAGGUUACACCUGAACCAGAGGAGCAGUCCGACGACAGCAGUGAAGAGGAAGGUGCAGGAGCCACAGAGAUGGACUUCCUGCGUAACCUCUUCUCCAGCACCCUGGGCCUCGGUUCACCGGAAAAAGUGCUGGAUGAGCUGACUCUGGAAGGAGUGGCGCAAUACAUAAAGAGUGGAAAAUGUAAAAAUAUCCUUUGCAUGGUCGGAGCAGGAAUAUCCACAUCGGCUGGGAUCCCUGAUUUCCGUUCACCUGGAACUGGCCUGUAUGCAAACCUGCAGAAAUAUAACCUGCCUUACCCGGAGGCCAUCUUCCAGAUAGAUUACUUCAAGAAACAUCCAGAGCCUUUCUUUGCCUUGGCCAAGGAGCUUUACCCGGGACAGUUUAAGCCGACAGUCUGUCACUACUUCAUGAAGCUGCUGAAGGACAAGGGGCUCCUGAGACGUUGCUACUCACAGAAUAUUGACACUCUUGAGCGGGUGGCCGGCCUCGAGGGAGACGAUCUAAUUGAAGCUCACGGAACGUUUUACACCUCUCACUGUGUCAGCUUCUGCUGCCGCGCGGAGUACAACCUGGACUGGAUGAAAGAAAAAAUCUUUUCUGAUGACAUUCCCAAAUGUGACAAGUGCCAGAGUUUGGUCAAGCCAGAUAUUGUCUUCUUUGGGGAAAAUCUCCCCGUCCGGUUCUUCACUUCAAUGAAGAUGGACUUCCCGCGCUGUGAUCUUCUCAUCAUCAUGGGGACGUCUCUGCAGGUCCAACCUUUUGCGGGUCUAGUUGGAAGGGUUUCAAAAAGUUGCCCCAGGCUGCUCAUUAACAUGGAGAAGGCAGGACAGGCUGAUCCUCUGUUGGGGUUGCUUGGUUUUGGAGGAGGGAUGGACUUUGAUUCAGACAAGGCGUACAGAGAUGUCGCUCACAUCAGUACAUGUGAUGACGGCUGUUUGGCUCUCGCUGACUUGUUAGGGUGGAAGGCCGAGCUGGAAGAGUUGGUGAAGCAGGAGCAUGCGAGGAUUGACAGUGAGAGCAAGAAAGAGAAGAGCAGUGAGAGCAAAGGAGCUGCAGCCAAGGCCAGCUCUGCAUCAGUGGCACCAGAGACCAAAAAGGAGGAGUAGCUUAUUAAAAAGCUCCCUUUCUUCACAAAAGCUACUAAUAGUGGUGUCACAGUUUGGACUUUGCCCUUAAAGGGAGAUUAUGGUGCAAGGGUUUUUGUUUGGAAAUUUGCUAAUUUUCCAUCUUGGGACAUUUAAUUCUUCUGAACUAUCUCACAGGACAUCCCUGUGUUCUAUGCUUGUGUCCUGUUUGUAACCGUUAUUUGCACUUUACUGAUUAUUAAUCUACUUUAUUUUAUAAUUUAAUUUGUAUUUUUUUUUUUGCAUUAGCUCACAUCUGUCUCAGCAGAUUUUACAGCAAAACAAUCUAUAUUUUAGAAAAACAUGCAGGUCUCACAGAUUGUAGAAAGUAGUAAGUAUUUCCAAAACUGCAGCAGGAUGAUCAUUUCUCUACUGCAGUGUAGUACAAAGUACAAUAUUGACUCCAAACCAACUAUUGAACACAUCUGAUGGAGUGAUAACUAGGUUCACUUCAGUGAAAGCUUCUUCAAAAGAUAAUCAGGCUGUUGCUUAUUAUAUCUAUCAUCUUUUCCCCAUAGCCCAGAUGUGUUGGCCUGAUUGGUCAGUGACUUCCUGAGUGAACUGAGGCAGCUGGUCACGUGGGACAAUGUUCAAAUUAACACAGUUUUUCAUGUAAACCCUCUGCUAAUACUUGAUUUGGCUUCUGUAAUAUCCCUUAACACAAUGUUCUCAGAUGUUCGUACAAUAACAAACUGUACGUGAUACAAAAAAAAUAACAGUAACUUUGCACCCUCUACAGCCAUGUCCUUCAUUGAUUUUGCUUUUUGAAUCUUCAGGGAUGUUUAAAAUGCUGCCGUGACACAAGACGGAUAAAUGACAAGAGUUGCCAAAACAGCUAAAAAUGAAUCAUAAGAAGGAGUUGUUGUGACUGGCUCAGCUAUCCAAAAAAGCAUGGAAUGUUCUGUAAUGGAAUGAUUACAGGGGAGGGGCUUGAUCACAUUGCCAUCUGUAAAAAAUAAUAGAAAACAAUACAUAAAUUCUGCAAUAAAUCUGAACAUUUUAAAACC